AAUUACACAGAUGGCACCGAUACACAGAAAUUACGGACGCCCCGUGCCGGGUUUUCGACGCUUUCGUCUACUGUCCGAUCUCUUCCUUGGCCGAUAGGGGGGAGGUGGAUUUUAUCGUUGUUUUAGUUGGUGGAUGGCGUCCAAACUGCAUCAGCUUCGAUCUAAGGCUGUUCAAGCCUCGGAGUUUGUGGCCAAGAACGGGUGCGCUUACUACAGGGAGCUUUUGGAGAAGAACAAGCAGUAUAUUGUUCAACCGCCCACCAUCGAGAAGUGUCAAGAACUGUCAAAACAGCUGUUUUACACACGUCUUGCAAGCAUCCCUGGUCGUUAUGACUCAUUUUGGAAGGAGCUUGACGGAGUGAAGCACAUAUGGAGAAACAGAAAGGAACUUAAAGUUGAGGAUGCUGGCAUCGCAGCAUUGUUCGGGCUUGAAUUAUAUGCAUGGUUCUGUGUUGGUGAGAUAGUUGGAAGAGGGUUUACUUUCACUGGCUACUAUGUUUAGAACCCCUGGUUAUGAAGCAAGUUGACAAUAUCCCGGUCUAAAUUUUUAUUGUUGGAUGAUGAGUUUUUUACCUCAUUUUUUAUCCUUGCCCAUAAAUUCAUUAAUCUGGUGGUCAGCAAGACUAGUGACAGUCCCCAAAUAAUUUGAUGGCUCAUUUCUCUCCAGAGUCCACAACUACUCUUGCACUUCUUCAUGGCUGUGCAAGAAACACUCUUUUACAUGAUCAAUUUGUAUAAAAAAGAGAGCCCACUUACUUCUAAAAACUAUUUCAGUGAAUCAUAUCCUUGAUUACUAUUCUCGUCA